AUGGCAAAGCAGUGUUCUACGCAACCUGCGGAGUAUCAGUGCAAAGCGAACAGUGGCAUGGAUAAUGCUGGCCCUGAGCUCGAUUCCUUUGGCAUUGAUGUAAGUCUGAACUGGCGCAUCGACAGACAAGAAUCCAAGCCUGCUGAGGUACUGAACCUUAUCUUAUUCAGAUAUAAUUCGAUGAUUUUCAAGGCGAUAGCUUCUCAUGACUACAAUAUCUACACUGUUUAUGAAGAGUUCCUUGAAGGAACAUCAAUGAAAUUUGACGGCAUGGAUGAUGAAGAACCUUUAUCUGACGGCUAUGUCACAUACUCAUCAGAAAAGCAGCUUUUUGAGAUGAUGCGGGCAUCGCCUCAAUCGUAUCGGCCACUCAGCCCGCAACAAUGUAUCAAUCAAUAUUCAGAAAAGAUUCUAUCGAACAAAAAGGAUCUUUUGGUCAUUGCUACACACAAACAAUCAAACAUAUCCCGCUUCCCACCUGAUAUAAAUGUCCAACUCAAUAUUUCUGUAGAAUCUAAUUCAGACGUUCGAUAUGGCCAAGGUACUGUGGCAGCUGCGAAUUGGAUGUGUUCUACCUCAUUGGACGACUAUGUGAAACGCUAUGGUUUCCAAACGUGCGAUACCAGCCGAUUAGAUGCUGCUCAUUGGAGGCCGUUUGGUUUCGAGGCAAACGGCUGUAAAAGUGAGCACGUGGCAGAGAAGUGUCGACUGGAGUUCAGCUCUACCAUUGGAAUCAUAGUGGUGAUUUGCAAUAGCAUUAAAGCUAUUACAAUGAUACUCACUGUUUCCAAAUGUGAUAAAAGAACUUUGUGCACGCUAGGUGACGCUAUCACUUCAUUCUUGACACUGCCGGACUCCCUGAACGAUGAAAAGGGUCUCACAGGCUACCCACAGACCUCUGGUUGCGCAGCUGUCUGUAGCAAAGUGACGAAAAGUGAUAUCACUAACUACCAAGGCUCGCAAUACUGGCUUAGGAUGGCAAGCCCUAGGCGUUUCAUCAUACUUAUCAUAAUAUGCGUUCCAAUGCUGGCUGCGGUCAGUGCUCUUUUCGCACUUAGCCUAUCAGGGCUCAAAGCUCGCAAUUCGCCGACGGACAUAUCCUCUCUAUGGACACUUGGAUUUGGCCAAGUUUCUGCAGAUAGUCUGAUCCUCUCGAACGAGUUCCUGGAAAACAGUCACUCGAACAGGCUGCUGGGCUUCGUGCUGUUGGCAAACUUGCCGCAAGGAAUGCUCAGUAUCCUGUAUCUUUUGUAUAAUAGCAUCCUGACCUGUAUGCUUAUGGAGAAAGAGUACCAAAGCUAUGCUCGCGAGAGAAAGCCUCUUCGCGUAUCUAAUCCUGUACAGGGUCAGAAAGCUACCUAUUACCUACAACUCCCCUUUCGAUACGCUAUUCCACUUAUCAUACUCUCCGGCGUCAUGCACUGGCUGAUUUCCCAAGCCUUCUUCAUUGCCCACAUCGUUGCAUAUGAUAGCUUGGGCGAACGAGAUCUUUACAGCGAUAUCAUCACUUGUGGAUACUCGCCUAUUGGAAUAAUCUUCACCCUCAUUCUAGGAGUCCUGAUGCUUGCUUGUCUAGCGAUCAUCAGUUUCCGUAAGAUUGAACUAGUAAUGCCGGUCGCGAAGAAUAGGAGUUUCGCAAUAAGAGACGCUUGUCACCGGCUAUCAAAUGAUACCAACGCUGCCAAUUUACCUAUCAUGUGGGGUAUCAUUCAUGAUGAGGAUGGGGUCGAGCAUCAUACAUUUUCUAGUCUUGAUGUCAAACAACCACUAAAUGUCCUCAUGACUGUCUAA